AUGAGGAAACCAUUCACCCAGAAGUCCGCAUACCCGCUACUGUUGGCGGCAGCGGUGGCCGCAGCGCUCCUGGCGAGUGCGUCUUGUGCUGCGCCGGGCAGCGGGACCGUGACGCCCUCCGUGGUCGGCGGCAAGACCGCCCCGCAGAACAGGUUCAAGUAUCAGCUGGGGAUUAUGGAGGGCAAGUUUGGCGUGUGCGGCGCGACCCUCAUUCGCGAGGACGUCGGGCUCACUGCAGCGCACUGCGGCGUGAAAAGCUCAAAGAAGUUCGCAGUUUACGCCGGCGCCUGGACGGCCUACGACGCGCCCGACACGGAGGGCGUCCCCUACUCCCUGUCCAAGGUUUUCACCCAUCCCGACUACCAAGACGAUACCAACGACAUCGCUCUCAUGUUUUUCACCAGAUGCGCGGUGCCCGCCACACCGGCGGCCCAAGUCGUGAAACUGGCGACGCCCGCAGAGCUCGCCAGCGCCUCGGCUUCGACGUGGAUGGUAUCUGGCUGGGGCACCACUUCCCAGGGCGCCGACAGGAGCGGUUACAACGGUGCCACCCCUGAGAAGCUGCAGUACGGCCUGCUGAAGUACAACCCCAGCUGCGCAGACUCGCGGGGCGAGCCCACCAGGAUCUGCGCCCUUGGACUGCCGAGGAUGGACGGGGGCAGCACGGCAGUCCAGGACACGUGUCAAGGCGACAGCGGCGGCCCCCUGAUCUUCAACACCGCCAACGCGGCCAACCCCCUGGCCGGUGACCCUGCAAACGACAGGGUCGUUGGCGUCACCUCUUACGGGAACGGGUGUGGCCUGCGCAGCUCCCCUGGGGUGUACGCGUCCGUCCCCAACGCCUACAACUAUAUCACGCAGCUCAUGGACGCGGUCAAGAAGCCGUGCGGCUCUGGCACCCUCACGUUUGUGCAAGUGGACGCUGCGGCCAGCUGGUACGCCAAGCCUUCAAAGUCCACCAAGCUCAAGGCAAGCCAGGGCCAGGCCGAUUGCCAGGCCGCCUGCGCAAAGUCGGCCAAUUCGAAGAAGGCCUGCGCGGCGUUCAGCCUGAGCGUCAAGGCGGGUGCAAAGUCGGACAUCACCUACUGCGACUUGUACUUUGACUGGGUGCCGCAGCGGGUGUGUGGCGCAAACGACUUCGACUUCAACUGCCAGCGUGCCUCCCAGGGCUCGUGGAGGGCCAAGUGGGUUUACAGCUGA